GCUCCAGUACACUGAGGGUUAAUGGAGGGCUGCAGUACACAGAGGAUUAAUGGAGAGUACACUGAGGGUUAAUGGAGUGCUCCAUGACACAGAGGGUUAAUGGAGAGCUCCAGUACACAUAGGGUUAAUAGAGGGCUCCAGUAUACAGAGGGUUGAUGGAGAGAACACACAGGAAUAAUGAAGAGCUCCAGUAUACAGAGGGUUAACGUAUUGCUCCAGGAAACAGAGGGUUAAUAAAGAGCUCCAGUACACAGAGGGUUAAUAGAGAGUACACAGAGGGUUAAUGGAGGGCUCCAGUACACAGAGGGUUAAUAGAGAGUACACAGAGGGUUAAUGGAGGGCUCCAGUACACAGAGGGUUAAUGGAGGGCUCCAGUACACAGUUACUGAAGGGAUCUGGAAGACAGAGGGUUAAUGGAGGGCUCAGGGAGGGCCUGAAUUUGGGAAGUUCCCCCUCCCUCCCCUCAAUCUGAGCAGAGUCCCCAGAUCCCAGCCAGUUAUGUGUGGGCCCUUGUUGCUCCUGUUUGGGGGGCUCCUGGUUCUGCCCGGGACCCUCACGGACCCUCUGUCCCCCCCGGACCUGCAGCUCUGGGCCGGGCUCGAUCUGUUCUCCCGGGAGGAUUGGGCGGGGGCCCAAGCUCAGCUCUGGGGGUCUGUGCGGAGCCUUCGGGAGCUGCGGGAAGUCAGGCUGCGCUGUGGGACGGAGUGUAAGCUCCGGGGAACCCAGGGACCCCAGCUAGAGGAGGCGGUGCUCAGCAGGGCUGACUGCCUGCUGGGCUGUGAGAGGCUUCUGCUGGGAGAACCUUCCUUGUACCGACUGACCCAGGAGACAGAGAGGGUCUUCCAGAGGGGACUGCCCUACAACUACCUGCAGGUCACUCACUAUAAGUUGGAAGAGCUGGAUGAAGCCGCUGCUGCUGCAUUCACGUUCUACGUAAAGAACCCUCAUCACGAGCAAAUCCAGGAGGAUAUUCAGCGUUACCGCAGGAUGAAAGAGAUCCAAGAACCGAGUUUCCAGGAUCUAGAGCAACCACAAUACAAGACUGUAUAUGCUCAGGCAUUGUCUUUGCUGUCCGAGGGUAAACUCAGAGUUGCGGUUAGACGGUUAGAGGACUCACUGAAGAUAUAUCUCAUGGAACAUGAAGAUUGCCGCGCUUUGUGCGAGGGAACCCGGGAACAAGAAAGCGAGAUUUACAAGGAUUUUUCAUAUGCAAUAUCGCAAUAUUACACAGAGGUUUUACAGUGUAAGCAGAAUUGUGCUCUAGAACCCACCUUGAGGCCCAGUGGGGAACAUUCCAAACAGGAUCCACUCAUUUCUCACUUGUCCUUAUUGCUGGACAUUUAUACCAAACUUGAGGAUUGGGAGGCCGCUGCUGAAAUUGUCCGUUCUCUACUGCUCUUUCAACCCCGGAAUGAGACUGCAAAAGAAAGGCUGCGGGGAUAUGAAGAAAGACUGCAGGGCAAGAACUCUGGCAAACUGCGGGAGUCUAUUCUCUCAUAUGUUCGCCGGACUCUCUCGGAGAAGAAACUGCUUUAUUACGCCAUGGAACAUCUAAACAUUUCCUUUAAUGAUCCAGACUCAUGGACGCCCGAAGAGAUAAUUCCAGAGAUUCUGCGAGACAGAGUGAAGAAGGAGAGAGAAGAAAAGGAUCAGCGAACCCUUCCUUUUGAAGAGGUGACUGUAACUCUGACCCCCAAGCAGAUGAAUGGGACAACACGAGUGACUCUGGAUGGUGUGAUAAAUCAAGAGGAGUGCCAGAUGCUACACAGCCUCGGACAGGCGGCAGGAGGCCCUGGCAGCGGAUUCCGUGGCAGACUGUCUCCUCACACUCCCCGGGAGAGGAUCCAGGGACUGACUGUACUAAGGGCACUGCAGAUGGCUGCAUCGGGAGCAGUAGAUUCCUCCCAUGCCCGCCUUUAUUACCGUGCUAGUGAGCGUGCCCGGGUAUUGGCGCAGUCCUAUUUCGACACUGAGAAGCUGCACUUCUCGUUUACUCAUCUUGUAUGCCGAUCAGCAAUAGAAGGGGAACAGGACAGCCGAAAUGACUUUAGUCACCCAGUUCAUGCUGAUAACUGUAUACUGGACCCAGAGGAGAGGGAAUGCUGGAAGGAGCCUCCUGCGUACGUACACAGAGACUACAGUGGUGUCCUAUACCUGAAUGACGAUUUCCAGGGAGGAGACCUCUUCUUCACAGAAUUAGAUGCAACAACAGUAACGGCGGAAAUUCGUCCCAGCUGUGGCCGUUUAGUUCUGUUUGGUGCCGGAGGUGAGAAUGCCCACGGGGUACGUGCAGUGACUCGGGGAACUCGAUGUGCCAUAGCCCUAUGGUUCACCAAAUCUGCAGUGCAUGCAGAGCAGGAGCGCUCUCUGGCGAGUGAUCUCAUGAUGGGAAGUGACGGCCACAAGCAAAAUAAAGAGAGUGAGACCAAAAACACUGGGAGAGAAACUUCUGGCCGAGAGACCUUUGCCAGCAAGGAAGAGCCGGAGAGACCUUCUGGGCGGAGACAGAAAAAGAGAGUAAACAGAAAAUUCGAAGAUGAGCUAUAGAGACAGCUCAGGGACUGCCGGGGGAGGGAAGGGUUAAUGUGACUUUACCUUGCAGAAAUCUAGCUGCUACAUGGGUAUUGGUGCAAUGAUCUGCAGAUCUCAAGUACAGAAGAGAAGAAUUGUGUGAUGCUCUGCAGAUACGCAGCAGGACAUGGACAUUUUGGUUUUGAUUAAAGGUUAAUGUGCUGGUCACUGGCACGGGAUGUGUUAAUAUGUGUAAUUUUUAUAAUAAAACCUUGUGUUUCCUCUCUGUG